AAUUGGUAGACUUCAAAAAUCAGACUGGGCGGGCCUCCUCAGCCCUGCCCAUUGCACCAUGCACACCUUCGGCGAUUCCAAUUUCCUUCCGCGCCAAUCAAUGGGCUGCGACGCCUCCUUUCUAGGCGGCAGCACGUCGUUUCUCUCGACUGCGGUUGUCCGUCACCGGAAGCGAACCACUCGAUGCGAACUUGCCGGCCAUUGGUGCUUCGGUGAGCCCAGAGAUCGGCGCUGGUACAAUCCAAAGAGGCAUCGCCCGCUGACCUACCGCCGUUGGGUCGAAGCUGAGAACUCCUCCGACUUGCUUGAGUCCGGAGAAGAUAGAUUUAUGCUCAUAUCUUACAACAUCCUGGGUGUCAAUAAUUCUAUGGAACACCCUGACCUUUAUAUAAAUGUUCCCUUUGAUGCAAUUCAAUGGGAAUCAAGGAAAAGGCUUGUUUCUGAGGAUAUAAGGAGAUGGAAUGCUGAUAUAGUGUGCCUUCAGGAAGUGGAUAGAUAUUAUGACAUUGAGAAUAAAUUGAAGAAAGACGGAUAUGUUGGUAGAUUCAAGCGCCGCACCGGAGUCGCUAAGGAUGGAUGUGCAAUAUUUUGGAAAAAUGAAAGGUUCAACUUGCUCGAGGGGAAUGAAAUUGAGUUCAAAGAUCUCGAUCUUCGUGAUAAUGUAGCUCAACUUUUUGUUUUUGAGACAGGUAGGCAGAAAAUUGAUUCGAGAAGAGUAGUCAUUGGUAAUAUCCAUGUUCUUUUUAAUCCAAAGCGCGGAGAUAUCAAGUUAGGACAGGUUCGCGUAUUUUUGCAGCAGGCUCAUGCGCUUUCUGAGAAAUGGGGAGGAAUACCAAUAGUACUUGCUGGUGAUUUCAACAGCACUCCAGAAAGUGCGAUCUAUGAGUUCUUGUCAACAUCAGAGCUGGAUAUUACUAGACAUGAUAGGAAAUUCCUUUCCGGGCUGGAGCCUAAUCUUCAUAUUUUCUCUGGCUUGAUCAAUCAUUGUUGGACUGAUGAAGAGCUGAAAAAUGCUACUGGUCAUUCAAGCUGCAAGCUUCUUACACAGCCUUUGAAAUUGCAAAGCUCGUAUGCUCACAUCAACCGUACUGGAAGGACUAGGGGUUCCUGUGGAGAACCAUUAGCUACCACUUAUCAUUCAAAGUUCAUGGGAACUGUUGACUAUUUAUGGUUUUCAGGAGAGCUUGAACCUGCUAGGGUUCUGGAUACACUGCCUAUUUCUACAUUGAAAAGUAUAGGUGGCCUCCCUAGCCGGAAUAUUGGAAGUGAUCACUUGCCUCUAGCUUCUGAGUUUGUCUUCAUCUCCAAAUCCACACAGCUGAAGUCUCAGGGCCAAGGAAAAAAUAAGAAACCCCGGAAAGAUUCCUCAAGUUAAACAGCUAAUAUUAGUCCCACAUAUGUAUGAAAAAGGGUAGGGAAGGGAUUGAAAAAGCUCAGAAUGUAGCCUCCCAACUCCAAGUCAUUAGUUUAGAUUAUAUGAUUGUAUGUUUUUCUCAUUGUUUUAGUUAGAUUUCACUUAUUGUUUCUUAAACGGCAAAUUUAGUUGAAAUUUUAUUUUUGUAUCUUUUAAAUUGCCUGUAUUGUGAUUGUAACUUAGGGCUCUAGUCAU